GCACGCUGGCGGGCGGCGAAUCGCUGACCCUCGAGCCGGACCGCUUCCGGGGCGCCGGGCCGGAAGAGGACGUGAACGGACAAUUUGCCACGUAGGUGACGUCAUCUAAAACAACAUUGGAACUACAUCUGGGAAAGAAGUGUCUGGAAACAGCAGGAGGUUGAGAGGAAAUUAUCAUGUACGGUGACAUGGAUUUUGAAAUUGAAGAAGAUAAAUUGGGCAUUCCGACCGUGCCUGGGACAGUGACACUGAAAAAGGAUUCCCAGAAUUUAAUUGGAAUCAGCAUCGGAGGAGGUGCGCAGUACUGUCCCUGUCUGUACAUCGUGCAGGUUUUCGACAACACUCCGGCCGCUCUGGACGGGACGCUGGCCGCGGGCGACGAGAUCGUCGGAGUGACGGGGAAAUCGGUGAAGGGGAAGACCAAAGUGGAGGUGGCCAAGAUGAUUCAGACUGAAUUUGAAGAAGUUACGAUUCAUUACAAUAAACUCCAGGCUGAUCCGAAGCAAGGCAAAACCCUAGACAUCGUUCUGAAGAAGGUUAAACAUCGACUGGUGGAGAACAUGAGUUCGGGAACGGCGGAUGCUCUGGGUCUGAGCCGGGCCAUUCUGUGCAACGAUGGACUGGUGAAGAAACUGGAGGAGCUGGAGAGGACGGCGGAGCUGUACAAAGGGAUGAUGGAACACACAAAGAGGCUGCUGAGGGCGUUCUUCGAACUGUCACAGACACACAGAGCGUUUGGCGACGUGUUCUCGGUGAUCGGGGUGAGGGAGCCCCAGGCAGCCGCCUGCGAGGCGUUCGUCAAGUUUGCCGAAGCUCACCGGAACAUCGAGAAGUUUGGCAUCCGCCUGCUGAAAACAGUGAAACCCAUGCUGAGUGAUUUGAACACGUAUCUGAACAAGGCCAUUCCUGACACCAAACUCACCAUCAAGAAGUACCUCGAUGUCAAGUUUGAAUAUUUGUCUUACUGCCUGAAGGUGAAGGAGAUGGAUGAUGAAGAGUACAGCUGCAUUGCCCUGCAGGAACCCCUGUACCGAGUCGGCACCGGCAACUACGAAUACCGCCUGAUCCUGCGGUGUCGGCAAGAGGCCAGGGCCCGCUUUGCCAAGAUGAGGAAGGACGUUCUGGAGAAAAUCGAACUUUUGGACCAGAAACAUGUCCAGGACAUCGUGUUCCACCUCCAGCGGUUUGUCUCCGCCAUGUCCAAGUACUACGACGAGUGCUACGCGGUGCUGAAGGACGCGGACGUGUUUCCGAUCGAGGUGGACCUGACCAAGACCAUGCUGAACUACAGCCCCAAGGAGCUGUACACGGACGCUGAGGAGGAGGAGGAGGAGGAGAAGCAGAGCGAGGAGAACGGAGAGAAACUGUUUGACGAUGAAUAGGACUUAUCGGGGGAGAAGCACUGGGUGCCCUCUCCCUCGUCAAUGAAGACCAAAGUAGGUUGUCUAUAGUUGGAGUGGUGAUCUUAUUUAUGUCUCCUAUGAUCAGACGCUUGAUUCCUGUCAGAUAAACACUUUCUGGGAAUCCCUGUUGUACAGGCAUUUGUUGUUUUGUUGGAUCCUGCUCUUGCCUCCUCUGUCCCGCUGUCUCUAGGGGGUGUUGGGGCCCGGUGUGGAGCAUGGUCCUCCUCGCCCCUGCGGUGCCCCAGAACAGGCCAUGAGAGACAACCCCCUCUCUCGGGAACCCACGUCACCCGCAGCUAGCUCACUGUGAGCGGAAGGUCUGUGCAUCAUCAACAAAGUCAGUGGCCUUACAGCAGGUAGGGCCAGUGAAACGCAACCUCCAGCAGUUCCUCAGUGCUGCCGCUGUUGAUGACUAUCCUCUCCGGGCUUACUGUGUUCUGAGGAUGUGCCAGUGUACCCACAGUGUGCCUGGCCACUCUCCUCCCAUCGAUCUCCCUUGCCAGGAGAGUGAGGAUCAGCAUUCCGUGGAUGUCGGCAGUGUUACUGAUGGGCUUCUGUAGCUUGACGACUUUUCCAGGUCCAUUCCGGUACUCCGGGUGUGGGAACUCCAUCCCUGUACUCCGGGAGUGGGGAUUCUCCGUCGAUCCCUGUACUCCGGGUGUGAAACUCCAUCCCGUUACUCCGGGUGUGCGAACUGCUUCACUGGACUCCCGGUGUGGGAACUCCCCAUCCCCUGUACUCUGGGUGUGAAUCUCAUAGAAACAUAGAAAAUAGGUGCAGGAGGAGGCCAUUUGGCCCUUCGAGCCAGCGCCGCCAUUCAUUGUGAUGGCUGAUCGUCCCGUAUCAAUAACCUGCCUUCUCCCCAUAUCCCUUGACUCCACUAGCCCCUAGAGCUCUAUCUAACUCUCUCUUAAAUCCAUCCAGUGACUUGGCCUCCACUGCCCUCUGUGGCAGGGAAUUCCACAAAUUCACAACACUCUGGGUGAAAAAGGUUUUUCUCACCUCAGUCUUAAAUGGCCUCCCCUUUAUUCUAAGACUGUGGCCCCUGGUUCUGGACACUUCCCAACAUUGGGAACCUUUUUCCUGCAUCUAGCUUGUCCAGUCCUUUUAUAAUGUUAUAUGUUUCUACAAGAUCCCCCCUCAAUCUUCUAAACUCCAGUGAAUACAAGCCUAGUCUUUUCAAUCUUUCCUCAUAUGACAGUCCCGCCAUCCCAUCUCCAUCCCGUUACUCCCGGCGUGGGAACUGCCCAUCCCUGUUUUCCGAGUGUGAGUUCCCUAUCAAUCUCUCAAGGUUGGGGAACCCUGCCACACUGUGCAGUGCGGAGACUAGCACCAACAUCUCUUGCACAGUGGAAAUCCACGGACAACUCAAAUACACCCGGGUCAUGGGAAUGAAUGGGAUCAAUGCAAACUCACCUCGCCCCUGGAAUAUUGCAAUCGGUUCAGGAUGGAGUCACGUCCCAGAUAUAAACUGAUCACUGGACAUCUCAGAUACACCUACACAACGCAGUAAGAAAGGACACAGUCCUAGAAACAGGUGCAGGCGUAGGCCAUUCGGCCCUUCCAGCCAGAACCGCCAUUCGAUAUGAUCAUGGCUGAUCAUCCAGAAUCAAUACCCUGUUCCUGCAUCCUCCCCAUAUCCCUUGAUUCCAGUAGCCCUAAGAGCUAUAUCCAACGCUCUCAUGAAUACAUCCAGUGAAUCGGCCUCCACUGCCUUCUGUGGCAGAGAAUUCCACAGCCUCACAACUCUCCGGGUGAAAAGGUUUUUCCUCAUCUCAGUCCAAAUUGGCCUACCCUUUAUUCUUACACUGUGACCCCUGGUUCUGGACUCGCCCAACAUGGUGAACAUUUUUCCUGCAUCCAGCCUGUCCAAACCCUUAAGAAUUUUAUAUACAUCCAUAAGAAUCCCCUCUCAUCCUUUUAAAUUCCAGUGAAUAUAAGCCCAGUCGAUCCAUUCUGGUGUUGCCACUUUGUAUGGAAAGGACUGGUCGGCUUGCCAGAGUAGACAAACCCGUGUGGCUGUUUGACACUGCCCUGGACCAGAGCGGCCAGUGGGCACAUUGUCACUGCCACGAACCCCACACAUAAGAUGGAUAUCACCAGUAACCAUUGUCACAUCCCAAACGUCACCAUCUGAUGGGCCAACAUUUCCCCUGUUCAGUACACUCCAGGAUUGUAUGAAUAUUCCCUGUGGAUAACAGCAUUCCAGGAUGACGGGGCAAUAUUCCGGGGAUAGGGGUCAUAGUCGUGGCAACUGGCCGUUCGGCCCACCAGAUUCACGCUGACCCUCAACCAUCAACACUAAUCCUGCAUUCAUCCCAUUUUCUAUUCCACCGGCAUUCCCAUCAACUCCCCUGGAUUCUACCACUCGUCCACACAUCAGGGGCAAUUUUCGGCGCUGCCAGCAGUUUUUCGUACGUGGGAGGAAACCCGGAGCACCAAAGGACAGCCACGAGAACGUGCAAACUCCACAUUGGCAGCACCUGAGGUCGGGAUUGAACCCGGGUCUCUGGCACAGGGAGGAUAAAGGAACGUUUCAUGCAGAUUGGUGUAUUUCGGGUGUGUGGGAAUGUUGCCUGUCAAAUGCAGCCUUCCCUGUUGAUGCCAGGAAUGUGGGAAUGUUCUCUAUUGAUUGUCAUACUCGGGAGAUGUGGAAUAAUUCCCCCUUCUUUACUCUAUGGACAUGUCCGUGUGUGCCGUUGGGUUUUUAAACGCUGCGUUUUGAACAUGUUCUGCUGCUCUUUCUGUAACUGAGGGAAUGGUGAAUGUUUUCCACUCGA